AUGGCGACUAGUGGCACUAUGGCGAGCCCGAUCAUUAUCGUCGAUGACGAUGAAAUACAGAGCCCCGAGCUACGUAUUUCACGACUUAGAAGAGGCCCUCGGCGGGAUUACAGAUACCUAGAUUAUGAGAGGGUGCUCGCUGAAUCAAUCGAUGAUACGACUGGCUCGACAUCAUCACGGAAAAGAAGAAGAACAGAAACGAAGGAGCGGUCUACUUUGGAUGACGCUUUCAAAAAACUUCGAACCACAUUUGACGGUGAAAUCACGAUGUUACGAGAGAGAAACCGAAUGCUCCGGGACGAACUUCGUCUGAAGAGGAACGAGCACCAAAAAGGAAAAGAGGUACUCAUACAACUGAGGGAAAAGCUACGGUGCAAGAUCUGCUACGAGCACCCAGAUCGUUGGGCGACGCUUGCAUGUGGACACAUGUUUUGCUUGUCAUGUGCAGAGAACCCAGAGAACCCUAAGACGCCAAAGAAAUGUCCCCUUUGUAGGGCACCUGUCAAAGGUUUUCUCCCAUGCUACCCAUUUGCAGGAUAA